AUGCAUUUGGGUGGUCUGAGGACUGCCUUGUUCAACUAUCUCUUUGCCAAGAAGCACAAUGGUUCAUUCAUUCUACGUAUCGAGGAUACUGAUCGCACUCGUCUCGUCGAAGGAUCGGCCCAGAACCUCGACGAUUGUCUCGCCUGGGCUGGCAUCCCCUACGACGAAGGACCCAAGCGUCCCCUACCCGACACACCAUCAUACGUUCAGUCCGAGAGACUAAAUAUAUACAAGGAACAUGCAAAGGUGUUGCUUGACUCUGGCGCAGCAUAUCAUUGCUUCUGCACAGCAGAGAGAUUGGAGGCACAGCGAGCAUUGUCAAAGAACAAGGGUCCGGUACAGUUGUAUGACAGGAGUUGUUUGAAGUUGACAAGGGAGGAGGUCGAGCGUCGUCUGCAGCGUGGCGACAGCCAUACAGUGCGCCUGAGGAUACCUCACGAGCGCGCUCACACCAAGUUCACAGACAUUGUCAAGGGCAAUGUGCAGUUCCUCAAUCAACAGAUCGACGAUCAGAUCUUGAUGAAGUCAGAUGGCUUCCCAACAUACCAUCUGGCAUCAGUAGUGGACGAUCAUCUCAUGCGUAUAUCCCAUGUCAUUCGAGGAGAGGAGUGGCUAAACAGCACGCCCAAGCACAUCAUCCUUUACGAGGCCUUUGGUUGGAAGCCUCCACACUUUGCUCACGUCCCUCUCCUUCUCAACUCUGACAAGUCAAAGCUAUCCAAGCGUCAAGGUGAUGUCUCCGUUGACUCUUAUAUUAACAAAGGAUACCUCCCUCAAGCAUUGGUCAACUUUGUAGCUUUGCUCGGAUGGUCUCCAUCAGACACAACCAAGGAGGUCUUCACAUUGGAUGAGUUGAUUGAAUCUAUCAAAGAGAAGUUGUCCAAAUCACUUGAAGGCAAUGUCAUUAUAGACGAUCAAUAUCUGAAACGAGCGAUACAUUGUGUAAAGGAAAGGAUACAUGUCAUUGAUGAUUGUGUAUCAUUGUUGCGACCAUUCUUCAUGUCUGCCGAUUUCUCAACAGAACAAGCCAAAGCUAUGCGACAGAAGGUGUGGCAUGGAGAUCGUUCAGUUAACAAUGUCAAAGUGAUCAUGGAGGAGUUGUCCAGCAUCGAUGGUUCAUCAGAUAACUUCACUGCCGAGAACAUCUAUCAAUCAUUUCAACGUGCCUGUCAAAUCAUUCAUCCAGACUCACAAACAGACAAAGAGCGCACAACAAAGACCAAUCAACUAAUGUCACAACUGCGAUACCUACUCAAUGGCAGUCCAUCCGGUGGCGGAGUGCCCCUCACAAUCGAGAUACUUGGCAAAGACAAAGCUCUCGUACGUCUGACCGAGGCUUUGGCAUUGGCUCAUCAGGCACAAUGA